CGACGCCGCAGUCUUGCCUCGUCGACGCCGUGGUCACCUUGACGCUGCUCUGCGCGCUUGGCUUGCUGGUCCCCGACGAAGGCUACGCGCCGACGGAGCUUCGGCAAGAGAAGAGAACUCGGCAGCAUCGAGCCGGUUUAUUUAGAUGUCAACGGUCGGUCGGAGCGGAUGCGAGAUGCGGCCGAGCGUCGUCGCUUCGUAGCAGCUCAGCAGCACCGCAGCGACAACAACAGGUGCACCUGCGAGGGUCUGAUCAUACGACGUGGUCGUCGGCGCAAUCGCCAGCAGCAGCAGCAGCAGCACCAGAAAAGCCGUCAAUCGGGCGUCAUGGCUCCAAGCGCUGAGAACGUGCUCGAUGUGGCUGGCGUCUAUCACUCGACCGCAGUGCUGCCCAACGACAGCGUCAAUUGCGGCUGCUUCACCGCGAGGACCGAGCCCACGGCCGUGUUGAGGGACGUCUCCGCGAGGGUCUACGGCAGCGAGGUUCUCGCCGUGCUAGGCUCCAAGGGAUCCGGCAAGAGAGCGCUGCUGGACGUCAUUGCUGGACGAACCGCCAGGGGAGAGACCCGCGGCCGUAUCACGCUGAACGGUAGCCUGCUGACGCCGGAGCUGUUUCGUCGCCACGGCGCUUACGUGUCCCAUCGCUGUUACCUGCUGCCGAGCUUGACGGUGCGCCAGACGCUCACCUACGCUACCUGGCUAGCUAACCUGGGCAACCGGGACUCGCGAGUGAGGCAAACUCUCGCGGACCUCGCGCUGUCGCAGGUGGCUAACAGGCCAGUCUCGGACUUGACCAAACCGGAGUACAGGAGGCUGAUGCUCGGGGUGCAGCUGGCCAAGGAUCCGUUACUGUUACUGCUGGACGAACCCACUUGGGACACCGAUCCGCUGAAUACUUAUCUGAUCGUCUCGAUGCUGUGGUCGUACGCCACACGGAAAAGCUCGAUCGUCGUGUUGACCAUGGAGACGCCCAGGUCGGACGUCUUGCCCUUCGUUGCCAGAGUGACGCUACUCUGCCUCGGAGCGGUGGUCUACUCCGGACCUACGAGGAGUAUGCUCGACUACUUCAGCAUCGUCGGAUUCCCCUGCCCGGAAUUGGAAAAUCCACUCAUGUACUACCUAUGCCUGUCGACGGUUGACAGACGUUCCCGUGAGCGCUUCAUCGAGUCGAAUCAGCAGAUCUCCGUGCUGGUGGACAAAUUCAAGGCCGAAGGCGGGGUCGUGCUGAAAGAGGCGCCGAUCUCGGGCCUUGGCGUUAAGGAGACGCCGACUUCCUCGCUGACGCCCACGCCCAUCGGCAUGUCGCACAAGAGCUUGCAGAAUCGCGGAAUCAAUCCUGGAUGCUUCUCCACUCUGCUGGCCCUCUACGCGAGGAGCCUUGCCGCCACCUUUGCCUGCAACAAAUCCGGAGUGUGCCACUUCGGCUCGCGGAUCUUCCUGCUGCCGUUCGUGCUGUCGCUGCUGAGCGUCCUCUACUCGCACUCCAAGGAGCAGCAGUCGAUGGUGUUCCUGCAGACCUCGGGCCUCAUGUUCAACGUACUGGUGCUGUUCUACGUCGCUGGGAUUGCCGUCACGGCCCUCCUCUUUCCAGGAUUCCGGGCACGCUACUAUCAGGAGAAGCGAGAGGGGCUGUACGGCGGAGCGAUGUUCAUCACCUCGUAUACCUUGCUCACGCUGCCUUUGAGCUUUCUCUCGACGAUCAUGAGCGUCGGUAUCCUCGUGCCGAUACUCGAACUCGACGUCGUCUCCUGGAUCAAAGUCAGCGGCGUGCUCUGGGCCUCAUUCGUCGCGACCGAGCAGCUCACCGUUGCCGCGCUUAUGCUCAUCAAGCGACCUGUAGCUGCAGCUAUAACUGUUCUUUAUGUCGUGCUGGUUACUUUAGUCAUCGCGUCAGGCAGUUUGCGCAGCUUGAGAAUGCUGCCGGAUUGGUUGAGUGCCGUGUCGACAGCUUUGCCGAACCGCUACGCGUCGCUCGCUCUCAAUCAGCUCGCUAUAGAGAUGGACAAUUUUAAAAAUCUCAAUUACAACGACACGAUCACCUGUCCUGGAAUACCGGAUCUCUGCAGAUACAAAGACGGCAACGCCUACUUGCGCGAGAGAUUCACCAAGGAGGCGGAAAACAUAUCGCAAGUGUUGAAUGUUGAGCUGAACUUGUUGAUUUCACUGGCCUUCUCGGUUGGUCUGAUCAUUCUCAACAGCGUGCUGUAUCUCUUGCCACUGCCUGCCACCGUCAAGGCUAAAUUUCGCGAAUGA